GGCCAGGUGCCGAGGGACGGACGUUGCUGUGAAAGCAGAUGAAAAAGACACCGCUGCAGCGGUACAGAAAUAAUAAAGCCAUCUGGAUAAACAACUGUUUCUCAUUAAGCUUCUGACCGGUGACUAAACUUUCCCCGUUUCGGCGCUUUGCUGCGCUGCGCCGCUCUGCGCCGCGCUGCGCCCAGAUUGCGCCCAGACUGCGGUCCGCUCCGGCCCGACUGCGGCACCGGCAGGCAGCCCCAAUUCGCUCCGCUCCGCUCGGCAGAGGGACGCCAAUGGACCGGCCUUUUGGCCUCGGGAGAGCCUGAGCCGCUUGGGGCCGGCCCCUCGGUGGCUCUCGGGAGGGGUCGGGGGGAGAAAAAAAAUAAGGAGCACAAAGUAGUUGGGGGGGAAAAAAGUGGGAAAGACGAAAGUGGAAAAUCGUGAAGGCGCCGCCGCGCUCCACGUUUCUCCGGGGUGUCGAGAUGCGGCCGGACGGCGCGCCGAGUCCCGCCGCGCUGUCGCUGCUCCUGCUGCUCCUGUUGCUCCCGCUGCUCGCGUGCGGCGCCGGAGAGACCGUGUCGCACGCGCGGAGGACGGUGAGAGGAGCCUGCAGGCUCUCUGCAGAACAUUCCCAGAGACGGUGCAAGACGCCAGACGGCUUGAUCUGCAGCGGGAGGGGCGAGUGCGACUGCGGGGUUUGCAUAUGUCAUGUCACGGAACCGGGGAAGUUCUACGGGCCGCGCUGCGAGUGUCACGACUGGGUCUGCGUCACGUAUGACGGCAAAGUCUGCGGAGGUAACGGCACCUGCGACUGCGGGAAGUGUGUGUGCGAGGACGGCUGGUACGGCGAGGCGUGCCAGUACCGGGACAACUGCGACCUCUCGCAGAGGAUGAGUAAAGAGCUGUGCCGAAACCCUCAAGGAGUGAUCUGCUCCAACGCAGGCUCCUGUCGCUGCGGCAGCUGCGUGUGCAACGACCCCGACGGCAGGGGCCUCGUCAGCGGCCGCUUCUGCGAGUGCGAUGACGGCGAGUGCCUGGACGAGGAGACGGGCGAGGUGUGUGGAGGGCAUGGAAAGUGUUACUGUGGAAACUGUUAUUGCAACGCCGGUUGGCAUGGAGAUAAAUGCGAGUUCCAGUGUGACAUCAGCCCAUGGGAGAGCAAGAAGAGAUGCACGUCUCCAGAUGGCAAGAUCUGUAGCAACCGAGGGACGUGCGUCUGCGGGGAGUGCACAUGCUACGACAUGGACCCUUCGGGGGAGUGGGGCGACAUCCAUGGGGAUACCUGCGAGUGCGAUGAGAGGAGCUGCCAUUCCACCUACGACAGAUACACCGACGACUUCUGCUCUGGUCACGGGCAGUGCAACUGCGGGAGAUGCGACUGCAAAGAGGGCUGGACGGGCAAGAAGUGCGAGCACCCGCUGUCCUGCCGCCUCUCCCCCGAGGUCAGCCUCAAGCGGUGUCAGGGGACCUCCGGCAUGCCUUGCUCCGGGAGAGGGCAGUGCCUGUGCGGUCAGUGCACCUGCCAUCCAUCAGGAGACCCCAGGGUCCACGGGAAGAACUGUGAGUGUGACGACCGUCAGUGUGAAGACGUGGACGGCGAGGUGUGUGGAGGCAACGGCUUCUGCUCCUGCGGCCGAUGCAUCUGCGGCGACGGCUGGUUCGGGAGACUCUGCCAGUUCCCACGUAGCUGCAACAUGAGCGACGCCGAUAGCAAGAGCCUGUGCGAGACAUCGGACGGCGUCGCGUGCACGGGGAAAGGAUCCUGCCACUGCGGGAAGUGCAUCUGCUCCCCUCAGGAGUGGUACGUUUCCGGAGAGUUCUGCGAGUGUGACGACAGAGACUGCGACAAGCACGACGGCCUCAUCUGCACAGGGAAUGGCUGGUGCAACUGUGGCAACUGCGACUGCUGGGAAGGAUGGACCGGGAAUGCCUGCGAAAUUUGGGUGGGAUCCGAGAACUGAGACCUGGGGAACACCUCCAGCAGGACUGUGCUGUUGACGAACGGCGAGCGACAGACAGCAUACAAUACCAUUCAGAGGAGAAAAGAGAAACAACUCGGAACUUGGAUAUAAUUCUUCAUUCAGAUUUCUGCAUAUCACUUGUAUAACAGCAUUCAUUUUACUGGUUACAAAUUAUCUUUAUUAAAACUAUAUUGUUGUAUGCAAGUAAAACAACUGUGGAAGCAAAAGCAGUUUUUCUUUGUAGACACAUGAACUUGUAACCUUUAUAUGAUUCCAGUACAACUAUAUGUAUGAAAAUUGUUUAUAUAGAAAAGCUUACAUAUUCUGUAAAGCCACACAGUUUAAGAUGCAAGUACAGUAACAAAAUCCAAACAAUGGAAGAGAAAACAAAAUGCUUUAUUACCAAGAUCGUUACUUAGAUGUUGUGUUGCUCUGUACUGAGUGUUAGUGAUUUUCCAUUGUAUAUUUUGGCCAAAUGUCCUUUGUUAUAUAAGGGUUUUAUAAAAACAACUAAAGUGCUGCAUCCAGUUUUUUUAAUAAUAAUAAUAAUUAAUGUACCUCAUGGCACAACAUGAAAAUGACAAAAGAGCACUAGUCUUAAACUUUUCUAGACAGCUGAAAUCAAAGGAACUCAAAAAAGUGAUAUCUGUAAAGGUGUAUGCCGUUAAACGAACUUUAGCCAAUAUUUAAAACAUCGUAGCCGAAUUAAGAGGCCGUCAAAAUACCGUCAGGUACGUUUUGACUCCUCAGCGGUGAGUUUUCAGCUCUUCCUACCGCACAAUGUUCUGUUCAUUGAGGUGAACAUGUGGGGAAAGAAUUCUUCAUCAUUUUUGAAGGUUUCAUACUGGACCAUAAUGAGCAUCACUGAUAAAGAGGGACGAACCGGACCUUGAGUAUGGGUAUCACUGACACAAUACAGACUAAUUUAUCCUCAAAAAAGGAGACUUUUGACAGUAAGAAAGCAAUUAAACAAACACUCCAGGGAAAAAAAAAAACGGUUCCACUUUUGCCGCCACUUUUCGGUGCAAGUUGACAUCUGUGUCCUUUAAACCCUCCUCGUGUCUCGUGCAAUAAUAUACUGCACUUUGUAUUGCAUUAAGUUUGUUGCUGACAUUACAGUACGCCUUUAUGUGAACGUUUUACUCGUACGUCGUAUCUGUGUGUACAAUGGACAAAACACAAACUGUACAGUGCAGACAAACUCUUUGCAUAUAUGUAUGUAAAGGUAGCGGUACAUAGCCAACAGUUCUCGAUACACGUGACCUACUACAUGCGGUUCUUGAACGCCGUCCUCUUCCCCAUGCAACGGAUGAGAUGACGUGCAAAUUAAAGUGGGGAACCGGAGCGCAGGACAAAGGCCUGCCCUUCUGCUGCGAUUCGACACGGCGGGGAGGGGAAGGAGCGAAAGGAACAGCUGGUACACAAGCGCUCGUAGGUAUGGAACGCCAUCGCGCUCAACCCGUAUAGGACGAGGGAGGAGACGAAAUAAAACGGCAGCGAGAAAUGAGAUAGAAAUUUACACGACAGGCAUUUACAAAAAUAAAUCGAGCCUUCGUUGAAACCAGUCAACUGGUUUGCAGGGCGAGACUAGCCCAGCAUGUAGGAGUUUACCAUCUGAUCGUCGGUGACGAAUCCACGGUUUGUUUUCUGAGGAUAUGGGACACCAGCCCGAAAUAUCAAUAAAGCGUUACGCUGCGUUUGUGUGCGGUGUUACGGUGUAGCUCUGUGCACACAAGUACUGACCUCUGGAUAAUGUGCUUCUGUGUCUCCUAAAGAAAAACUAGCUAGACGUUGGAAUUGUCGAAAUUAAUUUCGGAAUAUAUUUGCAAUUCAGCAGCAUAGAUUCAGUCCACGUUAGCAAUGUUUUAACUCGUUUUUUUGGUAAAAUUGUUAAAAUGUUAAAGUGAGACGAGUGUUGUAUCAAAUCUGCCCGUUCGCCCGGAUGGUCGCCGAUAACAUGUCCCCGUGGGGAUUCUGAACGUAACGUUAAGCGCAGCGAGAUCCUUCUUCGGAAUUCCUGUGCGUCACUUUG